CGAGGACAAGAGACGGAACGCACGCGAGCAAUUCAGCGCUGCCAACUGAACUGUCAAAGCAUGGAACGUCUCGCUCGAGCUCACAAGCGGUCGAGAUGACCUCGACAAGGCCAAGACAAGAUGCUCUCGGCUACGCACCGAUCAAAUGCCCUAUGUACUAGUACAGUAGAGAGCAGUAUUUCAUUCUCGAGGUGCUGGGUGAUCUAUAGCGCCUCCAAGCCAUGGCCGACCCAUCAAUACGAGAUGAGCUCAAGAAGCCCGAGGAGGAUGGCAGCACAGUAGUGUCGGCGUUCGAUGUCAUUGCGAGCGUUCGCAAUAUGAAAGGUUGCGUGGAUAUAGCCAAGUCGAUUGUGUAUCCGGAUGUCCGGAUAAAAGAAAUCAUUGAUACUUGAACAUGGACGCGGUCCGGUGCAAGGAAUGGGAGCUCAUGACGCUCCUCGAGGAAGAGGGAAGCAUGGAUGGAGUCCAUGGGCUGGGUCUUCUUGACGUCGUCGACGAUGUCGUUGGGCCGAUGGGACCAAACGCGUGGACGAGCCCGACGUACCUCGCGUUCGUUCGCUUCUUCCUGCGUCGGGCAAUGCUCCUCGACUACUCGACCAUGAGCUCGAUCGAUCGCGAUCGGGUCGUCACGGUCGCGCGGGCCGUUGUCCGAGGCGACGGCAGCCCCGUCGACGUCGUCCGCCAUAGCACGCAGCUUUUGCUCCGGGUCGGCCAUCGAAGCGCGCGCUUCGUCGUUCGCGCGCUGGGGACGGACCUCUUCACACUAUCCGAGCUUCUCUUGCGCGCUCUCGGCGUCUUGCAUGCAAUGUGCAUGGAGCUCAGCGGACUGCAGUCGCUUCAUCUCCGCAUGCACGAACCGCUCGGCGACAUUCGCAUCGCUGACGUGCUCAACAAGACGCUCGUGGCAGCCGACCCGCUCCUCCGCUUUGGCGCUGCCAAGGUCCUCUCUGUCAUCCUCCUGGACACGCCGCAUGCCCACGCCAAGUCGCUGCUGCUUGUGCUCGUCGAUGCGUGCAACGAGGAGGUCCAUGGGGCAACCCAAGCAAGCCUUUUCGCUCUGCUUUGGGAUAUCCUCUUUCUUCGUCAAGACCUCUUCUCUCUCGACGUGUGGGACGACAUGGCGACGACGGCCAUGGAGCAAGUCCAUCUUCUCCCGACCACGGUGCAUGCGAUCAUGCGACUCGUGCUUGCGCCGAGCACACCGGCUUCGCUCGAUUGGCGUCUCGUGUCCCAACUGUUGGAGUGCGUCGUCGUUCUGUACGUGCACGAGAGUGCUACCUUGGGGAAGGAGGUACUGGCAGCACUGUACGCCUUUUUCACCGACGAGUGUGGACGCACCGAGUACCAGCAAGCGCUCGUGGGCCAGACACUGCUCCGUCGCAACCACCAUGCCUAUGCCAACGGCAUGGAGCUGCCGUGCGCUCACGACCCUUCGACGGCAAGUCUCUCGCAGAUGCUCGCCACGCGCCCCGAAGUCGUUCUCAAGCGCGAGAACCAAUUGCUGCAGGCGAUGUUAACCCCAGAUACCAAGACGUCGGUCGUCAUAGCCUUUCAGCGGAUGAUGCAAACGGCAUUCUACUCCAGCUACUCGGUCGAUCGAGUCCGAGUUCUCUUAGCAUUCGACUGA